UGGUAAAGAUGAAUACCUGCUGAAACAGCAAACAUAACGCUAAAUUCUACAAAUAGCUCAUAUUGUACAGUUGCAAAUGAGCUCACCUACUCCUUUUGAAUACUCAUGGAGAUAGUAAGGGUAUAGUUAAUGAGAUAGAGCUUUUUUCGCUAACGUUGGUGUUCAGUUUAGCAAACAUUGGCGGACGUUAAAUGGAGCCGGAACGAACUGAGGGCAAAACGGUGCGUUCUCAGAAACCCAACGACAGAUGGGUGUUUCUCACUCCUAUGGUCAACAGCUGCAAGUUGCACCUUACAACUGUCAAAUCACUAGUGCCUGAGAGAUCCCAGAGGAUGACUGACUCUCAAGAUUUUGUAAAAGAAAAAAACAUGAAUACUACCCAAUCCAUUAAUCUUUCUAUCCCAGAAGCUAGGUUGCAUGCUUGCAGAAGACUUGUCCAGACACCUCCGGUGCCUUCCUUUGCCAGUGACUCUACAGAUUCCACUUUACAUAAUCUUGUACCACUAGCAUGUGGUGCUCAAGGUGGUCUGGAUGCAGUUUCAUAUGCUACACAAGAUGCAAGAGACAGAUCUGGGAAACCAACCCGCAGUGCAGGGGCCACUAGCUACUGUAAUGCCUUAAGCCUUGCCAAGCCAGCAGGUUCUGGAGGGUAUAAAUACAAUGCAGUCCCUGCUUUUCCCUUCACUCGAUUGCCCGGUGACAGUUUUGCAUCCAAAUUUCAACGAAUCGACUUGGACAGACGCCAUCUGGAAGAAUGCCCUCAGCUGGGCAUUAUGGAUGAACUACAGCUUCUCAACCUCCAGCACAAUCGAAUCACAAUGAUCCAGCAUCUGUCACAUUUGCAACAACUUGUAUUCCUGAACCUGUAUGACAAUCACAUCUCUGAAAUGAUGGGCAUUGAAUGUCUAAGCUCUCUUAGGAUCCUUAUGCUGGGGAAGAACAGAAUCCGUAAAAUAUGCUGCGUGGAAAACCUGUCCAAACUGAAUAUCCUGGAUUUGCAUGACAAUCAGAUCUGCAGGAUAGAAAACAUGUCUCACCUUAGCGAGCUGCGGGUGUUGAACCUGGCAGGAAACAACAUAUCCAGAGUGGAAAACCUGCAGGGCCUGGGCUGCUUGAUUGAACUCAACCUACGACACAACUGCAUCUCUAUUGUGACUGAGGUGGACCGCCUGCCCUGCUUGCAGCGCUUCUUUCUCAGCUGCAACAACAUCACCAGUUUUGAUCAGCUAGCCUGCCUCGGAGAGUCACGCUCCCUUUCUGAGCUCACCCUGGAUGGGAAUCCUGUAGCCCUGGAGACAUGGUACAAGCAGGCUGUCCUGCGCUGUGUGCUUCAUCUGAGACAGCUGGACAUGAAGCGCAUCACAGACGAGGAUCGGCGCAUGGCUGGUGUACAGGCUCGAAAAGAGGAGGAGAAGAAGAAGGAGAGUCACAAGCAGACCAUUCAUAAGGAGAAGCGGCGUCUGGCGAUCCGUAAUGCAGCACAGCAGUGGGAGGGCGUCAUUGCUUGCCUGGAGCUGCCACCAACAAAUGGUGCUAAAGAAGAAGUCAGUCCAGAGAACAGCCCUGCCCACAGCCCAGCCCAGACCAAUGGCCUUGCACAGGAACCUUCUCCAGAUGAACCCAGACGGGUAAGCCCUGGUUCAGGACCAGAGCGACCGUCAGGGGGAACGGAGAGCAGACUCCGCACCAACAGCCGUCCAAACAGCCCCCGAGAUCCCAAGCUUGUGGAGGCAGGGAGCGGCAGUGUUCAGAGCUUGUCCCUGUCUGACAGUCACCUGGCGGAGUUGGAUGGAGACACCCUGCGUUUAUUUGGACUUGGAGCCCUGGAGGCCUUGGAGAGGGGCUGGGGAGUUCAGACCGCUGGUGCUGUCACUGUAAUAACCUUCCGCUACAUCAACUUUGACGCCAUUGUACCAACACUGCCGAGAAUAAGAGUCAAGUUCCCCAAUCUAUCGCACCUGAUCUUCUUGGAAACCAACAUCAGCCGUCUGCCCCAGCUGGCGGCACUGGCUCAGGUGAGGCGUCUGGACCAAUUGACCAUUCACCCGGGGGGCAACCCAGUGGUCAGUCUGGCUUUGUGGCGUUCCUUUGUCAUCUACCGCCUCCACCACUUCAACCUGCAGAGGAUCAACGGCCAGGAGGUGACCAUGAAUGAUGUGAUUGCUGCAGAGCGUGUGUUUGGAACACUGGGUCAUAUAGCAGCCACCGAAACUCCACGUUGCCGGCUCCUCCUGCUUCUUGAGGAGUCCAGGAAGCGUCAGUUGCAGUUCCUGUUGGAGGGCCGUGGCCGGCGGGCAGGACUGAGUCCAGAGGAGCUGCGAGACAAUGGAAAGCUCCUGGGAGAAGGCCUGAGCAGAGCGCUGUUCAACUAUCCAAGUAGAGACUGCAGUGCAGAGAGCCCUGAGGAGGGCACUGUGGAGUCAUCGGAGCGUGCUACCAUGAUAGAGCAGUACCUCCAGGAGUUGGUCCAAAGGGCUUCAGACACCAAUCUGAAGGGCGAGGCUCUACACAAGCUCUGGCCCUCCAUGUUUGCGGAGAUGGUGAGGGACUGUGUGUUGGACAUGAGGGACCGAGCGGCCUUCCGCCAAGCCAGCCUUGCAAAGCUCUCUGAGCCCAAGUGAAGAGGACCAAAGGUUCACUCUAAGAACACACACACAUGCACACAUAUGGACAUAGCUUUCCCAGGCGCCUGCAGGGCUUCAUCUCAAACUCCAUUUAUAAUGCAUCAUCACUCAGUGACUUAACACUGACUAUCAGUUAUUAUAAUUGUUGGAAACUGAAAGGUGUAUUUCCCAAGUGUUUGGGAAGCUCUUUAAGAUGGAUGUAGACUGUUUUAAAGAAAUUAUCAUGACACAGGCGUCUUGAUUGAAUGUAGAUUCUCACUGUUUGAUUCUUCAAUGCUUGGAGCUGUAACAUACUUAAAGAAAGUUGAAGGGACGUAUUGACUCACAGUGCAUUGUGGUCCCUACGGAGCAUCCUCUGCACUUUAAAAGCUUUUUGAAUGACCCCUCUUCACCAUUUGUCAUCAGCUGAAAAUGACCGGUGUCUCUUUUGUCGAGACUAGAAUGAUUUUUCUGUGUCUUAAAUAAUGUUUCAUGCAUCGCUCUCUCACUUUCUCCUGCCUGACAUAAAAGGAAGGGCACAAACAAGGACAAAGACUUUUCUUUGUUUACACCUGAUUUUCUGUAUUGUACUUAGUAUUAAAAGAUUCUGUAUUAA